UCAUCUCUUCCCAUCCAAAUCCCUUUUGGAUGAACAUAUAUGCUUGGUGAUAAGGAUAAGUACAGUAAUUACGAUGGUUACAGAUUAAGAAAAAGAAUUGAGGGAUGCAUCCUUGGUGAUAAGGAUAACUUGGAGUAGGUGUUCGUGUUUGAUGUUCAUUGGUAGGCAGGAAACAACAACCAUAGUGCUAUUACUUUUUGUUGCACCCAACCCACCCAGGAUAAUGUUUGUUAAUACUUAUAUAUAGUUUGGUUGUAAUAAGGUAGCACUAGCACGAACCAGAUUGGAAAUUGACCCAGUUCCAUAAGGGGAAGGGAGUGAGAGGUAGAAGCAGACAUGGAUGGAUGGUGAGGGCCUGGCCUCCGCUGCUCCUGCACCACCGCCUCCUCCUCUUCUACAUGACGCCAUUUAUGACCACCUCCAGAAAAAGAGAGAUUUGUAUACCUUGAUCUUUCUGCCAAACUUUCUCUUGAACUUCUUCAUCUUGUACCUGGAGAGCUUCUGCUUCCUUUCCUCAGUUUUCAGGUCACUAAUGGUUGCAAACCGAGGGGUAUUGGCACCAAGAUUCUGUCAAAAAGUAAAAAUCCUAAAUCUUGGUGCCAAUACCCCUUGGCUUGUAAGCAUCAGUGACCUGAAAACUAAGGAAAGGAAGCAGAAGCUCUCUAGGUACAGGAUGAAGAAGUUCAAGAGAAAGUUUGGCAGAAAGAUCAAGGAAGGCCAUGGCAAACAGCCAGCCAAGAACACGAGGGAGGUUCGCCAAGAUGCACCGUGGCGACAUGGUCAAGCCGAGGAAGUAAAAUCAUGGGAAGACCACCGAGGUUGCUGCGGAGCUGAUGAGGAAGACAAGGUUGUCGCAAGGAAUUAUGCUACUGCUGAGCUGCCAGUAAAGCUUGUCGUCAUCUAGAAUCUUCUAGGUGAGGCUACGAUGGCUGCUGCGCCGCGCCGCGGUGCCCCGUCGGAAUUAAUUUCAGUCACUACAUCAAUCAGCUGCUCCUUGUGGAAUUUCGAUUUCCCGCGUUCCUCCGCAAUUGUAAUAAAAUAAUAAUAUGAUCCUUUUGCUGUAAGAGAGUGGAGAGCCCUUGCUACGGAGGCUGCUAUCUUGGUACAAUGGCGACUUUUCAAGUCUUCAAAGAUGCAAUUUUCACCGUUGUUUCAUUA